UGGGGAAGAAGAGUGGCGCACACAAUGCACUGCACGGCUGACAAGGGUUGUGUCUGAUUUUCACGAUUAAUUUCCAAUUCCGUAGAAACUUGUGAAGGGGGUGCAGCGGAGCCGAUCGCUUUCUCUCCGUAUGUAUUUGGAUUUAGUAAGAAUAAGAAAUCUUUGAGCGGAAUCGUUGGCAAAUGGUCCAACUAAUCCACAAACAUUGGAUUACACCACAGUGAAGGCUGCAUGAAGGAGCUGCCCAGCCCAACGGGGGCUUGGCCGACACCCUCGUUUAUGGAAAUCGACACCGAGGCUUUAAUAUUUGGGCCUUGAUUUUUUCCGUUUAUGGUGAAGCUGGAACGACAGACGGGUUGGGUGUUAAGAAUCAUUUUUCAUGGACGAUUGGUUGCAAAACAACCCCGUCCUGCUUCCUUUAACAAAUAUUGCUUGUGGCUAACAGCUGGAUCAGCUAACACUAGCGAGCCCGAAUGCUAACGUUACGUCUUUCUUUUGAUGUGAAUUCAACCAUUACUAUCGGCCAUCAACACAUUUCGGCAGUGGACAUAUUUGUUCUCCUUUUUGCAGAUUACAGGUUAGCUUUUCAGUAAACUGUCCGGCUUGUCAGUCUUUUCCAGACACGUUUUAAGAAUAUAGUUGUAUUCUUAGGUCACUGGCUAAAUAUAUUGUAAUGUAUUGCCGUGUAAAUGCUACCAAAAUGCUAAUUAGCUGGAGUCAACACUGACCUGACGUUAGCCCGCAUUACUUUAACUCAAACAGCAUUUUACUCCUUUUUAUAUUUGGAGUAAAUUGCAGGCGCUGUCAACAAUAACAUUUUACAUUUAACAUUAAUACGAAAUAAUGUCACGGCCACUGGUGUGUUAAUGUCGGAUAUCUGGGUUAUUGGCCUUGCUAACGCUAACUAACUAGCUAUCGUUUUGCUAACAGGCAAAUAAAAUUGUCAGCAGAAAAAAAAAGAAAUCCUACACGCAAGAGUUGCAUGAGCAAUAACAAGGUUUAAGUGAUUUCCAUUUCGAAAUUUAUCUAGAGACGAUUUGGCCUGCUUUGUCCGCAGCACAAGUAACGUUGGUCUUUUUUUGUUUACAUGCGUAUAACUUAAUGUCGGUUGGAUUUCUUGCUAGCUAGCUAAUGUUAGCCAUCUAAACAGCAAUGUCCUGACAUUUAAGUGUCUGUCGUGGAUAGUUUUAAAUACCCAUGUGGGGCUAAGUUUGCGUUCAGAUUCAUUGAAAUGACACUCAAAUUUCGCCGGAAGAAAGGCACUGAUGCCGAUAGACAGUUGUCAAAGGACGGUAAAUAAUAGCCACUGGUUCCAUUAACGCCAUUUUAACAGGGGCUCCCUGCGAGGGCCUGUCUGUGUGGUGGUGUUUUAUUAGCGGUUCGGUGCCUUAGACCGGACCGGGACUUGAUUAAAGUGCCUCUUGGUUUCUCACUGGAGUUACAAAAGGAGGUUUGCAACAUGGAGGGCCCGAGCCGAAGCACUGGAUUUAGGCAGAGCCGACGGUCCCGUUCACAGCGCGACAGGGAGCGGCGGAGGAGGAGAGUGAACCUGGCCGAGGAGCGGGCCACAUCCCUGUCCUCGGGCUCCGACCGGGAGGCUUGUGGGACGAACACUGUUCUGGGUCCCGGCGGGAGAGAAUGCCGACCUGGUUUUGGGAGACACAGGCCUCCACGCCGGAGGAAGAGAGAGUCGGUGUCCUGCGAGGAAGACAUCAUUGAUGGCUUCGCUAUCGCGAGCUUUGUCAGCUUGGAGGCACUGGAGAUGGACUGCUCUCUGAAGCCCAGUCAGCGCACUGAUAUUCCAUGCAGGAGGAACAAGGGGAAGAGGGGGCCCGAGGAGAACGGUGGAGGGUCGGAGCCGGAGGAGGGGGCCCCGCACAGCUACUCCAGCAGCUACUGGAACAAGAGUAAAAAUAAGAGGAGAAAGAUCGAGAACAAAGACAUCAUGAACAGUAAAGAAAAUAAUUCAACUAAUAAAACAACAGGACGAAAAGAAAAUAAUAAAAAUAAAUGCAGGGGACACCCUUUGGAGACCGGCUACAUUUGUGACACUGAGAGUGAUACGGGAGAUAAGGCCUCCGAAAACGACAUGGACCCAGUCUUCACAGUCAGUACGAGGAAAGUUGUGGAGCCUGCCCCCUCAAACAUGGCCACAUCCAUGGGCAAAAUCUGCCCGCCCCUCCCGGCCCGUAUUGGUGGCAUCUCACGGUUGAUGGUGACCCCGAGAGUAUCUGGCCUAGAGCGAAGUCAGGAGAAAAACCUGGAGCAACACUUCCUAGAGCCUGCUUCUUCUACCUCUUCUGCCCUCUUCUCUCGUCUGCCUUCCCCCAUCACAGCCCCCGGCACGGCCCCCCGCUCCAGCCCGUUCAACGGAAACGGCAGCCGGCACAACGGCAGCCCGCCCCUCUCCAAACCCAAACCCUUCCUCACUUUGCCUGGACGGUCUCACUCCAUAUACAGGGGCAACGGCACAGUCAAACCUCCCUCAUCUGCAUCUGUUGCGUCUUCCUCAUCCUCCAUGCGCCCUCCGACUCCCUCCACCAGUGUGUCGCUGCCCUACAUCAGGGGCUCAGGACCCCCAGGGCCCAUCAGACCCCCAUCCCGAGCCGGCUCUGGGGCCUUGUUCACAUCUUCACCUGGUCUUCCUCCCCCUCCACCUCUGCUACAAGGUUCUGGCCACUCAACAGUAGCAGACCAAGAAUUACUUCGUCAAAACCUAAACUCCCACUUCUUGAAUUCACAAGAGCGCGAGGGGAGACGCAGUGUCCCGGGGGCUGAAAACGACGGAGCAGCUGCUGGCCGCUCCACUCCUGGUGGUCCGUCGGCAUCCAACUCCGGCCCAGGUUCAUCAGGCCGGUCGUCGGCGAACCAGACGAGCAUCCCGCCUCUGGCCUUCCAGUUCCAUCAGCACAACCACCAGCACCAACACACGCACACGCACCAACACUUCACACCCUUCCUGCACCCCACAGCCACCGCGCCGCCUCUGUUCGAUAAGUUUGCAGGCAAAAUGGACGGGCUGUAUCGACACCCCUUCUUCCCACAAUACCCACCGCCCUCAGUGCCCAGUAUCCAGCCUGUGAUUCCUCCCACUGGGCCGUUCAGCUCUCUGCAAGGAGCAUUUCAGCCAAAGGGAGCGGGUCCAGAUCUAUCUGCACGACUCGGAGUUGUGCCUCACCACCUGCAGCCCAAAGACCCCAGGCCAACUGAUCCAUUUGGGACACCGUUGAAAAUGAGUAAUAAUAAACCAGGAAAGUGGUGUGCUAUGCAUGUAUAUGUGGCCUGGAUGAUUCUAAGCCAUCAGAAAAAAGUGAAGCUGAUGCACGUUGAUCCUCACAAGUUGGACUUCCGUAGUGACCUGCUGACCCGUCUUCCUGGAGCUGGGGGAAUGGGCUCACUGGGGCCGAUGGGAGGAGCCAUGCCUCCCACUCAUGAUCUGACCAGAUCUCCCAGUCUGUUCUCAGCAGCAGGGGCAGUCAAUCCGUCCUCCUCUCCCUUCAUCUCUCCAUCAACGCCCCACUCCUCUUUCCUCCCGCCAACUGCACACUUAGAUCCGUAUGGCCGAUCCCCACCCUUCACCCCACUUGGGGCCCUUGGUUCUAGUGCCUUCGGAGGACUUGGCAGUCCAACACUGGGAUCUGUGUUUGGCCCUAAAGAUUCACCAGCUAACGUGGUCGGAGGUUUGCCCCCCCCCAACCAUCACGACCCAUGGAACCGUCUGCACGGGGGCCCGUCUGGGUUCGCCCCCGGCCCCAGCUGGGCUAAAGGGCCGGACAAGCGGGACGAGAGGGAUCGAGCGAAGGACGUGGAGAGGAGAGACAGCCCUCACAUCAAGGACGAAAAGGACAGAGACAAUAUGCUGUAUGGCCGACAACCUGUGAGAAUGUCUCCAGUUGGCCCUCCCUCGAAGCCCCGCAGUAGCACCCCAGUCUCCCAUAUAAACGGCCACAGCAGCACCCUGGGGGGCAGCACGGGGCCCAUCGAGGACCUGACCCGCAGCUUAAGCAGAGACAGAGACCGCGAGCGAGACAGAGAGGGGGACAAGAGGCCGCAGCCCACAGUGUCUUCACGGGGCCCUCCUUCAUCUUUAGUAGCAGACAGGGACAGACCACGCUCUUCCUCAUCUUCUGUGCUCACCACUCCCCCGCCCUCCAACCGCUCAGCCCAAUCUCCUCUGGACAUUUACCCCCGCCCAAUGGCCCCGACAGGACACGGCCUCCACAACGACCCCUCACACUCCCAAAGAGACGGUAACCUCCCUUCUUCCUCCGCAGCUUCGGCCUCUGUCACUUCUUUGUCUCAGGCCAAGAAGUCUGACCGGACCACGACCCCCGUGUCUAAACCUCCGCUGCUCCUCCCGCCUGUUAAAGUCAAAGAGGAGCGGAAAGAGGAGCCGGAGCAUAUCCCCAUCACGCUGCCUCCCCCAGCACCCAACAACAGCUUCGAACGCCCCAACAGCCAUCCACACCACCACCGCUCCGGUACCCCUUCCUCUUCCUCUAUGUCACUGACUCCCACUCCCGGUGUUCCUCUCAUGUCACACGCUCAUGCUCAAAACGCUGCUGCUGCUGCUGCACACCACCACCACCAACAACAACAACAACACCAACAACAACAACAACAACAACAACACCAACAACACCAACAACAACAACAACAACAACACCAACAACACCAACAACACCAACAACACCAACAACAACAACAACAACAACACCAACAACAACAACAACAGCACCAGCACCACCUCUCCCUGCUGGACCGCUCCAGGGCCAUCGAGGCGUACCUGGGCAGCACAGGGGCUGCAGGUUUGGUUAUGGGUCCAGGAGGAGAGCGUUUCCACCACGGCCCUGCACAAGGGCCACAGGGGCCCCACAGUUUCACCUGGGAUCCCUGGAGGGAGCUGGCUGCUCAGCAGCAGCAUCAGCAACGCAGGGAGGCCAUGGCACUCCGAGCAGAUCCUCACCUCGCCCUGCGAAACGAUCCACACCUGGCCCGGCUGCUCCAGCAUCAGCGCCUUAUGGAAGCCGCUGCAGCCAACUCUCAGCACCCUCAGACGUCUACCUCUUCCGCCCCCAACUCGGCUGUCCGCCAGGAGUUCGGCCUCAUGGCGCAUCACUUUGAGCGCCCUCAUCACCUCGGACACCCGGGAGGAGGGCUGAUCGAGGAGGACCAGCGCACCCAGAUCCUGAGGGAAGACUUUGAGAGGGCCCGCUACUUUGGUAUGCACCCGCAUAUGCCCCCUGGCGCUCACCUCUCAGGCCCCUCACACGCUGUCGCCGCUGCUCACCUGGAGCAGCUCCACUCCGGCCUUCUCUCCCACUCGCUCCCCCACGGAGCCUCUCACGCUUCCCAGCACCACGCCGGCCUCUUCGCCCGUCUUGGCCAGCUGAACCAGCACCACGUGCCCAACGGCAUCCUGACAAAGACCCCUGCGGGCUUGGUGGGAGCUCUGGCGGUGGGGGCGCCGCCUCCGCUUAUUCCGUCCAUGACCAGCCGCUCGUCCACGCCUCCCCGGAGACUCGGGCCGGGGGAGCUGGCUCUGUACAGCAUCCACAAAGACGGAGAGUCCAGAUAGUACAGGGACAACACUGGAGGAGAUUAAGGGAAAUGUCAGGAUCACUGUGCUGCUCUCUACCUGCCCCCUUUACCUCUUGCAGACUACUAACCCUCGCUGUUACACAACCAAACCAGCUCCAGUCUGCCCAAAAAAGGGUAACCACGCGUGCUUUUCAUUAUGAUAAUAUGUCUCCUUGCUUCCCUCACGGGUUGUAGCUCCUCUCAGCUUGUAUCUGAGAGAAAGAGAUAGUGAGGAGCCAAAGCUUCCAAAUGAGAAACCUCGUCAGUUACUGGAGGUGUGGGAUUUAUUAAAAUACAGGAUAGGAUACACCUGUGUUUCCUUGCAUCCAGAAGCCUCCUAGCUUCUCGUCUCUUCGAGGUGCAUUUAAAGGAUUGAAAGAUCUUCCAUGAUGGCGGGGGGGGGCUGACAGUUUCCAGGUCACGGGAGGAUAGAGGAGGCGAGGAAGCAUAUGUUAGCGUAAUGAAAAGCAACCCCGUGGCUGGCUGGAGGUGAUGAAAAGGAGGGAAAUGCAAGGCUUUUAAGACUUUUUUGGAAAUAUGCGCAAUGGUUCUAUCAGUGCAAUUCAAAGGUACAUGGUUUCUGUGCAUCCUUGGUGUAUUUUUAUUUUAUACUGCCUGUUGGUUAUUACAGUACUCAAUUUAAUAAGCUGUAGGAAGAGGAAGACAACAGCUUUUUCUUUCAUUUGUCAGGUGAUCCAUGCUGUUUCAGCAAGCCUUUUUCCGGGUUGGAUUGGAAAUGACUUCCAGAGGGAUGCACACUGUGAAAACAUGCAAAGGUUCAUCCUCAGCUUCUCAUGGGAUAAUAUUAUUAUUAUUAUUAUUAUUAUAAAGCCUUCCUCUUCAUAAUUCAACCCUGGUUAUGUAUUGUAGAUGAUGGGGAAACCCUGGCAAAGGGGUCCUUUCUGUACUGAUGAGACCAUUUUCAAUGAAGAUUGGUAUAAAUCGCACCUCCUGCUUUACCCAAAAAUCUAACCUCUCAGCUUCAAUGAUGAGAUUCAACCUAUUUUUGGCUUUUUUUGUUUUGUUAUCAAAGGUUGAAUGGUGAAAUGACCUGUGCUACACUGUGUGAGUGAACACAGCGUUUUAGAGCUUCCUGUAACUGUUUCCCACUCUCCUCUUGACUAUAUGAGCAGGACCAGAAUAUAGUAGUCUAGAGAAAUUGCCUUUGUAAUUAUUAUUAUUAACAUUAAUUAUCUUCUAUAAUAAUAAAUAUAUUCACUGUUAUGUUAUUUGUCUUUGUUUCGGGUAUCAACCAGUACUCUCUCCCCCCAGGUAGUUUCAAAUCAUGCAGAAGACAAAAAGGCUUGCGUCACAGAAAACUUAAACGCUUGUGAACAUUAAGCCGUCUCCAUUCGCAACCUCUGGCCUCUUCAAGGAUCUCAUCGACGACUUUAAUACACUGAGAGGGAGGUUUGCCUGUGUGUUAUAUCCAUUUUGGGACUAUGGGAGCCUUGUACAGUGAACUGUCGAGUUGUUUCACCAAUAAAAAUAAGUUAUAUACAUGGAUAAGUGGGACAUCUGCUGAAGAACUGAAAAAAAAUAUAAGGACUUGUGUCAAACGACAACUAGACAGUGGGUACCCUGAGAGGGAAAAGACUGGGUCGAUUAUUUUAAUAUGACCAUUUUAUACCUUUCAAACCCCUCCCCUAGAGACCACAAAGAUUAAUUAUUAAAUGAAUUGUUGUUUA